AUGGCUUCUAUAACGUCUUUGCCGCUACAUCUCGUCGCUGACAUCCUCCGUCUGCUGGACAAUAUCCAGCUUCUACCCCCCGUAGUGCUGAGCCACCGCAUCUUCUACUCUGCUCUGCUAGACACUCCGUCCCUACCCCUAGACAUACUCCGCUCCCAGAUCCCGGAGAACCUUUUACCUCUGGCCGUUGCCGCGUACACGUCGCAGAAAUCCGUCAGAGACCUGAACGGCCUUGACGCCGAGGCCUUCUUGACAAAGUGCUACGACUCUCCCCUCCAGAGUAUCGAUGGUGGUCUAUUGCACUUGUCCCUCGGCCAGGCUAUCCAGGUCGGACGCAUCGAUGAUGCCCUGUCGGAGCUGCGUGAGGAGUUUACCCUGUGCUCGCUACGUAGACUCUAUGGUGUAAACAGCGACGAGUCCAUCUCGGAUGACCAAGGUCUCUCUCCAGGAGAAGAGUACCGUAUCUCCCGGGCCCUAUACCGCUUCCAGAUCUACCGCAACCUCUUUCUAGAUAAAGAGGUGCUAGACAAGGAGCAAGACCUCUUCCCAUCCGGAUACGGCGACGACGAUUACCAAGACGAGGAAGAAGAAGAUACAAAGCCCGACAAGAAGCAAAAGAAGCUCUUUUUUGAUCGGCAUUCACCUUGGGUGAAUGAGCAGCUGGCCUGCGUGUAUGAUUAUCUCGAGACGAGACUGACCGGUGUUAUGCUGACCAUCCUGUCGGCGACUCCAGCCUAUCGUCAAGUUGUUGUCAAUGGCUUUCAAUGGGGUGAGAACCUGACGGAAUGGUUGACUGAGAAGACGCAGCUCUUUGAAGAGCAACGAUGCCUAUCUCUGGGUCUUCCUCGACUGAGCCAACUGCUCAAGUCUUCCACUUAUGAGGAGUGGCAAUGUUCCCUCGGCGAGGCAAGCACCCUCUGCCAGAGCUGUCUCGAAGAAGAUCUAGAAGAAUUCAACCGCGGCAAGAGACCCAACGAGAAACGUGGUGUCUGGCGUGUAGCCGACAUGGACCGCCUCGCACAAGAGGUCGACGCCGACGACGACGUGACAGACGACCACCCGCGACAGAUGUGGACAAAGGUAUACUAUGAUAGAGUCCACGAGAGGUUCCGUCUAGGCGACCAUGCCUUUGCACCCAUGAGGUUUGUAUAUGGACUGAGAGGUAUUGGGUAUGUCAUGUGGGAUGGUAAGAGAAUGGAGGACGAGGUGUGCAAGGGCACUGUGGACAAGGCGUAUAGGGGUGAUACUGUUUUCUGA